UCCAUUCUCGGCGCUCAAUAUCUUUCGGUGCGCACAGAUGAACAAUCUAUUUGCGACAUGCUGACUACACUAAUCUAACUUUAAUGACACCUUUUUAUGUAUCUGUUGUGGGGGCGGUUCAAAGUGAACUGGUAGGCUUUGUAGGUAUUCAUGUGUAGAGCGUGCAUGUCUGGUGAUUAUGCGCUACUAAUGACAGCAGGAUACACUUAAGCGAGCUUGCCCUUGCCGCCUCGGAGAAGAUGCUGAAUCGGCUACGCUCUCGUGAGAUACCGGGAUAGACUAUGUUUUUUAUUACAUUUUCAUAAUCCAAUCAUUUGCUUCUGACAAUGGGCGAUUAUAAAUUAGUGUGUUGAAAAUAAUAAUAAUUUAUAAUCCCACGUUAGUCUUGGAAAUAUCUUUAGCAAAGGAAUUGAUACUAGUAAUAAUUUUUAAAAGCGCGCACGACGCACCUCGGAGAUAUCAAGUUUGACAACUGGAAACAUAUUCUAGACUACAAUGAAGCAAGCACAAGAAAUAGAGCAUUUUGAAUGGGAGACUUAGCCUAACGUUUCCGCAUUUAUCAAUGGCAUGACUAUUUAUUUCCGGACAUACAAUGGAGGAUAAAUCCAACAAACUAAUUUUGAUUCCGAUACUUGCCGUGGUCUUCUUGAUGAUUGGCUUUCAGUACAUUUGUCCAGCUGGCAAUAACUCCUGUCGCUUCGUAAGUGGGGACCUUUUUAGUGGAAUGUUCCGCCAACAUACGGCAAGGAAGAACCUUCACGCGGGCCAUGAGAUGGACGAGGAAGGUUCCUCUAAAAUCAUGUCCAAAUUCAAUUUCACUGACCGGGACCUUGAGCGCCACGUGGAUUUCAACAUAAAAGGGGAUGAUGUUAUAGUGUUCCUGCACAUUCAAAAGACCGGUGGGACCACGUUCGGGCGGCACCUGGUCAGAAACAUUCGUCUCGAGCAGCCCUGCGAUUGCAUGCCGGGACAGAAGAAGUGUACUUGCAACCGCCCGGGCAAAGCGGAGUCCUGGCUUUUCUCCAGGUUUUCUACUGGCUGGAGUUGCGGUCUGCACGCGGACUGGACGGAGCUCAUCAACUGCGUGCCGUUAGUGAUGAACAAGAAAGACAAGACGGAUGCUCGAAAGAACAGACGGAACUUCUACUACAUCACGAUGCUGAGAGACCCGGUGUCUCGGUACCUGAGCGAGUGGAAGCAUGUGCAGCGCGGCGCCACAUGGAAGACGGCCCUACACACCUGCGACGGACGCUCUCCCACGCAGGAUGAACUGCCCGCCUGCUACAGCGGCGACGACUGGACGGGCGUCGCCCUGACCGAAUUCAUGGACUGCCCGUCCAACCUGGCCAACAACCGGCAGGUCCGCAUGCUGGCCGACCUCAGCCUGGUGGGCUGCUAUAACGUGUCAUCGUCCGGCGGCGCCGUCGCCGAGCGGGAGCGCGGCCGCAUCCUGUUGACCAGCGCCAAGGACAACCUCCGGCGCAUGGCCUUCUACGGCCUGACCGAGUUCCAGCGCAAGACGCAGUACCUGUUUGAGCGGACGUUUGGCCUGCGCUUCAUCCGGGCCUUCACGCAGAUCAACAGCACGCGGGCGGCCGGCGUCGGGGUGGGUCAGGGGGCGCUGCGACACCGCAUCGAGGCGCUCAACGCCCUGGACAUGGAGCUGUACGAGUACGCCAAGGAGCUGUUCCUCUGGAGGUACCAGUACAGUCGCCAGAAACAGCACCGAGAGGAGAAGCUGAGGAGGCGGAUGGAGAGACAUGAGGAAAGACAGCGCAGAGGACCCGUCUUCAAACCCAGGAGGGAGGAGAUGGAGACACAGGAAGAGGGAGGGGCGGAGGUGGGAGGCGUGGCCACUACGGAGGACUACAGAAGCCAGGUUGUGCGAUGGUGAGGCCGUAGCACCGCCCCACGUCUCUCAUUCCCUGUUCUGUCGGCCUGGGGUUGUGCAAUGGUUUCAGAUGGACGGAUUUCCCUUUGACUCCCUCUAGUGUUACGAUCAGCAUUUUGGUCAUCUUAUCAUGCAGCUGGUUGUUUGUGUUCAUUUCUAUAAUGCUAGUCUUCUCUUCAAAGUACUUAAAUGACUAGGGUCCCAAGCUAAAAAAAUAAGUAUACUUAUGAGUAUUAUUUUGAAACCACUAAGGUUGUACUUUAGUAUUCUAAAUAGUAUUCAAGUAUUAUUGAAGUACUAUUGAUAUACAGUGGGGAGAACAAGUAUUUGAU